GCGGCGCGGGCGGGUGCGGAGCGCCCUCCUCCCGGCGGGGGAUGUGCCGGCCGCCAGGGGCGCGCCGCCCGUGGGAAGCGCGCUCCUAACGCCACCUGGGCGCCGCGGGGAGCGCCCGGCACGGAGCGGGCGGCGAGGGGGCGCCGGGAGCCGGGCAGAUCUUGAUGGUUAUGACAAAGUCUUUCAUCAGCGUGUGGUAUAAUGGACUGUGGGUUGGAUGAUUUACAGUCAUCUGAAAAAUGAUAUCUACUUCUCUUCUUCCUCGUUCAUGGCAGCUGGGCUAGAUGAGCUGGAAAAACUUCUGAGUUACACUCAUAAUGAAGUGGCUUCGUGGCCUCUUCAAUGCAGUGUGCCCUCCGAGACGUGAGCUUACAUGCUGAUAUGCUACCGGUUUUGUUUCCAAAAGAGGAGUUCACAGAACUACACAGUGCCUGAUCCAACUAGCUGCUUUGAUGUUCCUCACUGGACCAUACUAUGCCAGAAAGCCACAAUGAUCAUGCAAAAUAACAGUUCAGCCUCGCCUCUGUUUUCAAAUGUGAGCUCCUUCUGGAAGAGAGAUUCACAUGGACCAGGACUCCUUGAUGAAGCAGCAUCACGCAUUGGCAGCUAUGAUUUCCCACGGACCACGGAGAGUUUUCCAUUCUCCACUGUGGAAUCAACAAAUAUGUCCCUGAAUGCCACAAGCAAAGACCCUCUGGGUGGACAUAGUGUCUGGCAAGUAGUUUUGAUUGCUUUCCUCACUGGGAUCCUUGCACUGGUGACCAUCAUAGGAAACAUCCUAGUGAUUGUUGCAUUUAAGGUUAACAAACAACUGAAAACUGUCAACAACUACUUCUUGUUGAGUCUUGCUUGUGCAGAUUUGAUAAUCGGUGUUAUUUCCAUGAAUCUUUUCACCACAUACAUCAUCAUGGACCACUGGGCUUUGGGAAACUUGGCCUGUGAUCUCUGGCUCUCCAUUGACUAUGUCGCCAGUAAUGCCUCUGUCAUGAAUCUCCUUGUCAUAAGUUUUGACAGGUAUUUUUCCAUCACAAGGCCGCUUACGUACAGAGCUAAGCGAACAACCAAAAGGGCUGGAGUGAUGAUUGGUUUAGCAUGGAUCAUCUCUUUUGUUCUUUGGGCCCCUGCCAUCUUGUUCUGGCAGUAUUUUGUUGGGGAGAGGACUGUGCCUCCUGAUGAAUGUUUCAUCCAGUUUCUAAGUGAACCUAUCAUCACUUUUGGCACUGCCAUAGCUGCCUUUUACUUGCCAGUCACCAUUAUGAGUAUUUUGUAUUGGAGGAUCUACAAGGAAACUGAGAAACGCACCAAAGAGUUAGCAGGGCUACAGGCUUCGGGCAGUGAAGCAGAGGCAGCACGCUUUGUGCACCAGACAGGCAGCUCCCGGAGCUGCAGCAGCUAUGAGCUGCAACGGCAAAGCAUGAAACGUUCCACCCGAAGAAAAUACAGACGCUGCCACUUCUGGCUCACAAUGAAGAGCUGGGAACCCAAUGCAGACCAGGGGGACCAAGAACACAGCAGCAGUGACAGCUGGAACAACAAUGACGCUGCUGCCUCCCUGGAAAAUUCAGCCUCCUCUGAUGAAGAAGACAUGGCUGCAGAGACCAGAGCCAUCUAUUCAAUUGUGCUGAAGCUUCCUGGUCACAGCGCCAUCCUCAAUUCCACGAAACUACCCUCCUCAGAAGAUUUGCAUGAGUCAGGGGAUGAACUGCAGAAAUCCGACACAGAAUCGAAGGAAAAAAUAACUAAAAAAUUGCACCCGCCCAAAAGCGUCCAGGAUGGUGGAAAUUUUCAAAAGAGCUUUUCUAAGCCUCCAAUUCAGAUGGAGCCAGCAGAGACAACUGCAGCUUCUGAUGGCAUCUCGUCUGUGACCAAGACAUCUGCAGGCUUGCCCUUGUCCUUCAAGGAAGCAACCCUGGCAAAAAAGUUUGCCUUGAAGACCAGAAGUCAGAUCACAAAGCGAAAACGAAUGUCACUUAUCAAAGAAAAGAAAGCAGCACAAACACUGAGUGCCAUUUUGUUUGCCUUCAUCAUUACCUGGACCCCAUAUAACAUCAUGGUUCUGGUGAACACCUUUUGCAACUGUAUCCCCAAAACUUUCUGGAACCUGGGGUACUGGCUUUGUUACAUCAAUAGCACGGUGAACCCUGUGUGCUAUGCACUGUGUAACAAAACAUUCAGAAACACUUUCAAGAUGCUACUGUUGUGCCAGUGUGACAAACGAAAACGACGCAAACAGCAGUAUCAGCAAAGGCAGUCUGUAAUUUUUCAUAAGCGGAUACCUAGGGAGGCUUCAUAGAAUAGUAUUUUUUAAACAAUUACAAAAAAUAAUGAAGUGAGGAUGGUAUGGGAAGGGAACGGGUGGGAUGGAGUGAGAUGGGACAGGAUGGGCCGAGAUGGGACAGGACGGGAUAGGAAGGGAUGGGGUGGUGUGGGAGGGUGGUUCCAGGGUGCUGGUUCAAACAUUAAGACAUGACAGCAGCUGUCAGGCUUAUGUAUCCUUUUAAUAAAUCCAGUUUAAUAUAAAAAACAAGUCUGCAUUCAGCAAAAACUAACAAACUUCAAUGUUUUUACUAAGGAAUGAAAGACUUAAUAAAGUUUUCCUACAAAUCUGCAAGAAGCUGUAUAGCAAUUAUAAACCCAUUACUGAUCUGCCCAGUCCUUUGAUUAAAAUCAACUCUGGGAUCUCAGGUAAGCACAUCUAGCUAGCCCAACUCUUCUGUUUCCAAUGAAUUCAACAACUUUCGAUUCAGCUCACAUACAGAUGUAGCAAGCUAGCAAAACAGGAUUAUGAAAUUAUUCAAGACACUGUAUAGGUUGCAAAAUUGCUUCUUGCUGUCCAGGUAGAGCUUCCUGUCUACUUCUCUUCUGGUGUAUUUUUAACUGUACCCCUGAUUCCUGAUUGCCAAAUAUCUAUGUGUGCAGCUCAUGUUAUAUAUGUGUGUGUGAGAGUGUGUAUGUAUGCAUAACACCUCUAAAACACACACAUACCAGGAAAGAAGUGAUCUAUUGUUCUAGGUUUUGCAGGGCCACCCAUCACAAUUACUUGUGACUGAAAUUUGAAAAAAAAAGACCAAUAUAAUUCAGAAAAUCAUAUUAAAAUUUAUAUCACAUUAUUUGCCACCUGAAAUCCAAGUUUAUCUUUGAAACCAAAACAUGAUGUCCACAUUGCAAAUAGAAAGAACCAAAGCAUAGCCUGCAUAGCCUAACAGUGUACAGAGUUUACUGGCAUACGCCCAGUUCAACCUCAAUGUUCAGCAAAGUAACUCUCCCCAGAGUGAUCACACCUUUUUAAAAGAUAUGAAGUGAAAGGAAUUGAUGACUAUAUUGAGGGCAGAGUAUGCAGUUAUCUUUGUAGGGUGUAGGAUGGUGAGACCCUACAUCUGGGCCACACAGAAAGCUUUUCAGGAACAAGGAGGGCAAAGCCAUUAGGAGGAGCCCUGUUUUGUGCUUGGGCGGCAAUGCUGCUGUCGGGACACGCACAGACACUGCGCUACCUUGUCCUGAGUUGCACUGUGUGGAUGCACCACCCUUCUCAGAGCCAGCUCAGAUUCCAUGCACAGUAUCUGUAUUGAUUCCAAUGAAAGUUCAAGUUGUAAUUUUUUGUCUAAACUUGGUGGAGCCUCGGUGCUCACACUGUCUGCCCAGGCGAUCUUCAGAUACAAAAGAUUUCUGUAAAAGAAAUGCUUUAUUUUUGUAGAUGAAGGAUCCUUACUAAAAAGUGUUUCUUUUCCAGAAUCUGUUUUAAAAAUCAUCAGGAGAAGUGCACCUAAAUCUGCUUAAUGCCAGGUUAUUCAGUGUUAUAAAAAACUUGGAUAUUGCCAAUUUGUAACCUGGCAACUUUUGAUAACGAAAAUUACAAAAGGGCUUUAUUAUUUAUAGCUUAGACAUGACGAGUAUUUCCUGGUAUUUAUGAUAUGGUCUGCACCAAACAUAGUGUGAUUUAUAAAAGUCAGAGAUCCCCUGGGGAAAGGAUUGUACUUUAAACUAUUGUUCUAAAUCUGAUUUAGUUACAUGUUGAAAGAUAAUUUUGUAUUCUCCUUUGAAAUGACCAAAAUGUUUUUUUAUUGCUUAGACUCUUAUUUUGCUGAAAAUAAAACAAAACAAAUAUCUUCUUUUACAAAGGGGCAUCAGUGUUGUGAACACAGAACUGAUGUAAAAGCUGCUUUUGUAUUCAGUGUGAGAUGGUGUUUACAGAUGAUUUUGACAACAGUGGAAAUAUAUUAAAUGGUGUCUGUGUAUCUGAACUAUUUAAUUUUGUGUUAUGUUCAUAUGAAGAGAUAUUUAUACAUACUUCACCAAAUGUUUUAUUUAAUGUUGAUAAAUAUUGCUCUUCAGUCUUCAGCUGUAGUGUCCUUAUAAAGUGAUUCAUAAAGGUCUCCUUGAGAAAUGAAUAGAGUAUACCUAGCUUUCUUAUCGCAAAAACAAAUACUCUUGACAUACAAGUCUUUCUUUUGUAUGAGUUGUUUAAAAUGUGUACCUAAAGGUAAGCUUGCAAAUGAUAUUGCAAGUCUGCUGCAAAUACGAGCUUAGUAUAAAACACAAAAUGUUAAACCUUCAUCUAUGGCACAAGCGUGUUUUGUUGUAAAGUUACACAGAAUUGGUUUACUGUUUUGGUAACCACAUACAACCAAAGACUUAAAUGGCGUCCACGUUGCAAAGACAAUUAAUUACUUUUAUUUAUAGAAAGAAGCAUAUGUUUGAAAUAUAUUCAUUACUCAAGUUGACCUAACUAAUGUUUUGACAUUUAAAUAUAUAUCUAUAUCUAUAUAUAUUGCCAUAUUAUUAUCUUCUAUCUAGAGUAGUGCUGUGCCCCUAAUAGACCAAAUGUGAGAGCAUGUAAGGAAGCCAGAGUAUGUCAGGGGAAUUUAUGGUAUAUUAGUAUUGAUUUUACAAUGGGAAACUUUUAUUUUUAACGAAGUUAAGCUUCCAUGAAAGCGUCUGUCACCACUGUUUACAUAAUAGCAAGAGUUAAACCCUUGGAUUGUUUUAACAGAGAAAUAAACAACCUGUCUUUUGAUGCGUGAACAGGCUUUAAAAUGUUAUUUACAGGCUUCAUAAAAUGUGUAUGUAUACACAAAUUGUAGCAUAGAUCAAUUUAGUUAUUAUUUAUUUAAUGUAAUAUGCACUAUAAAAUAUGAAUAAUUCGGCUGUGUUACAAGUACAGUGGGGAUCAAAUUAAUUUGUAUUUUCUAUGUCUAUCUGUUUGCUUUAAACUCAUGCACACACAAAAAUUUUAGCUAUAUGCACAAGUGGAUGUAUUAUUUAUGAACACAGGUGCACAUGAUAGAUUGCAGAAAAAACGUGCUAGACCAAAAGGUACAAUCUGACACACUGCUUGUGAGAAGUACAAAUUAUGUAAUAUUUCACCUAUUUUGAGGAAAAUUAAGUCAAAAACAUGAUAAAAAGCAUCAUUCUGAGGGCAGACAAAUAGCUCAGUCCCAUUAACACUCUUCACAUAGAAAGCUGGCUUUUCAUAGACCAGGCAUCAUCCCCAUUAAUUGCAAUAAUAAAAGAUUAGACGCCGUAUGAAGAGGAUCAAAAAAUUAGAAGUGAUAGCCAUUGGGUUGUCUGGAGAAAGCCUUGCAGAAUAGACCCAAAUCACUGACAGUCUCUGAACAGCGUUAAGGCAGCAAAAUAGGUUAUAUUUUAUGCUUAGCUUUCACAAAGUAAAAUAAUUGUGGUAGAAGUUUAUUGCUUCUGUAUCAGUCGAGGCUGUGAUAAAUGUCUGAUCCAAAGAUCCAGAGACAGGUGUCAUGGUGCAUGAAGCUCUUUAUUCUACCCCAGCAUAACACACUUCCUACAAAAGUAAACUGCAGACCACUGUGGCACUGUUAUAAAGCUAAACAAAUAUAGGAAAGGCCUGAGCAGUUCCCAGGAUCUAAACCUGUGGGUCUAUAUAGCCUGAGCAAUAAAUGAACUAAAUAAUCUGGCAGUUUUGUGAGGUUCUCGCACAGAUAUUCAGAGGCUGUUAGUGACCUUUCUGAAUUACGUACAACUUCACUUUCUUGUUUUGUUCUCUAGAUUAUUAGCUUUCCUUACUUCUUCUGCAAGAAUAUUCUGAAAAGUCGUUAUCAACUACUUAUAUAUAAGAAGCAAAUACAAGUCCCAAAGUACACCCAGUUUGCCUGUACAGAAUGCAAACAUCAGAGCAAAAAGAAAUUUUUAUCUUUUUUUUCCCUGAUUAGCAGCAUCAGUACUUUUUAAUAUACAGUUAUCAUCAUACCACCAUACAUAUGGUAGGAGUAGUUACAGAGUAUCACGCUAAGCUAUUUAUAAACUGCAUUUCGCUUACUCCCUUAACCAUCUGACUAUUUAUGUAUCCCUAUUCAAAUUUAUAUUUGAGAUGCCAAACUCUCAUUCUCCUCAAAAUGGCUCCCAGAUUCUUUUCAUAAAACAUGCUUUACAGGCUUGUCUUGAUACCAAGCUUUUUUUUUUCCUUUCAAAAAAUUUCUUGGCAAAGUCAGUCUGCUCUUAGAUUAAAAGGAUCAAAAGGCUCCAGCAGUUGUAGUGUUGAGGUCUGAUACUUUCUUUUCUGAAGCUGACUAACAUUUAUCAAAAAAAACUGGAGCAGAUUCCAGUUCUUAUUGGCAGAAAUGGCCUGUACCACAAGUUGGCUGUCCACCAAGCAUGACCUUCUUUGGGGCAUCUGGGGAUGACUUGCCUCUUAAAGACAUGCUACCAAGCUCCCACUAGACUGAACUUCAUCCAGUUCAUGAAUUAUCAUUUGAAAGUCUCUAAAAAUAUCCAUAUUCAUUGUGGUAAUUCUGAAUAUUCUUUGACCUGUGUAAAUCUACUGUCCCUUUUCAUAACUUGCUUCCAGCUUCUGUGACUUUCUAUUUUAUAUAUUCCUUUUAGCUUUUAUGUAUUUACCCAUCCAAAUACCACUGUGCUUGCUUGUGGGAGCGGAUCAAAGUGACACAUAUUUGUAGAUUGCUUCUUGAUAACCCAAAGGAUAUGUACAGAUGUGUGGUGGAGCUGAGGUGUUCAUAAUGUUGGCUGUCUUUUCUGUUUUAUGAACUGGAUUCCUAUGAUACCUAAGCACUUCUGUUUGGAAGCGUAGCUAAAGUAUGUAUGACAUUCAGGUUUUCAUAGAUUUAAAAACCUUAUUUAAAUAGAAUUUUUCUUCCUCAUAUCAGGCAUAGUUCAUUUGUCGGUUCUGCGCUUUUCUACUUCUGCUUUUAGGAGCUGCCAGACAGAUAUUAGGGAAAAUACUAAAUUGUAACAUCUGAUACUUAGUCAUUUUUGUACUUCAGCUUUUAAAGUAAGCAGGUGAGGUACCUAAUCCAAUGGUGCUAUUUGUUGGAAACAUGUUGAGAAUGUAUAGGGAUGUCUGGAACUAUACACUAUGUUUCUUCUGUCUUGUACACUGUGACACCACAAUUGGCUGGGAUUGACCAUCACAGUAUUUGAUGUCACUGACAUGUCUUCACAGUCUUAACUGGAAAACUCAUUAUCUGUGUCAUACAGGCAUGCAGUACUUUGACUACUUUUCAACACCCAUAUUGUACAUUCAAAAUAUAACAGAGAUUUUAUUUUUUUUCUCAUGAAAGAUUGUUGUAGUUAUUUCCAGAUACUUUCCUAGAUGUGCUUGAGGAUUUUUUGCUUAAUUUUAAAUAUUAAAAUGGCACAGGGGAGUUUCAGGUAGCCCUGACAGAGAUUGUUUAAUGGAAGGAGUACAGGUAACACAGGAAAACUUAAAGUGAUACAUAUUUCAUGGCUCACUCCAAACAUAUUUUUGGGUAUGCAAAUUGUACUUCUACAUCUCUACGCACUAUGUAUAUUUUGGAAGGAUAACGUAUAUCUGAUGGUACUGUGCAUAUAUACAUAGAGAGAUGCAGGCAUGUCUAGGGGAAUGUGUACAGAUGUACAAACUUACGCUGAAAUUACCAGCCAUGGUAAACAUUGCCAUUGAUGCCUCAUCAGCUGUAACUGGACAGUGGAAUUAUAUUUAAGUCUGCUCUGCUUAGUUGUAAGAAAAGUUUCCACAUCUUUUCUUAGUGCUUAUUUUCCCAGUUACAUUGUCUUUAUUUAUGAACGUGAUAUUUUUAGUAUAUUGUCCUGGCUUUUCAGCCAUUACCCAGAAUUUAGAAAUGUAUGACCAGAUUUCACUUAUUGCAUCAAUACAGCAUUAGUUUUAACUCCUAACUCGGUUUAUCUUAACCAAAGUCAUUCUGGCUUUGCCAAGUAGGAAAAUAAAGGCCUCCAUUUCUAACAGUAGAUUUUAUCUGAGGUCACAAAGGAGAAAUUUCUAUCUUCACGUGAACAUGGCUGUCAGUUCCUUAAUAUGGGUACAGGGCUCAACCAGUAUUAAAACGGUUUGAAGCAAAUGUCACAAAUAUAUAAAGGCAAAAUAAAGCAAGUCACCACUGCAAAGUAUUUAAGGUAACAAGAACAUCAUUUCUCCCAUUAGAAAUGAAAGAAAAAAUUAUGAUCCUUCCCCACCCCAACCUAUUGCUCUUCCCUUUCUGUUGCAUAAAAUAAAACUUUACAUUUGCCUGUCCCACAGGUGGAACUGUGCAAGCUUUAAAAACCUUGUCUGCCUGGUAGGACUGCGUGGUAUAUCUAGAUCAUUCAGCCUUUUCUGGUUUUGUAAGUAAUAAAACCUCGACUGAGUUUAACUGGGAUGUAUGAUGCUGGCCUCAGGGAGGGUCGUCUGAGAAUGCUGGUAAAACCAUUCAGCUCAGCUGUGGUGAGGAGAGCUAACUUUUUUUUCCAAGCUAGUGAAGCAAUGUGAUUUCUUUAACUUGGCAGAAAGCAUGGCAAAAACCCCAAGAUAUUUGAAGUUUUUAUAUAUAUGACGAUCCUCCUUGCAUAAGGGUGAAUAAACGUGUAAAAACAAUGUUCAAAAAAAAAUCAGCCUAUGAAUGACUCUAUAAGCCAAAAGCACGCAUCACCAUCAGCUACAAGGUUGGCAUAGCUGCCUGACAUGCCACUCAGGCUUCUAUGAAGAGAUCCUUAUUGUAGGAGUCUGGGACUAAAUAGCUAGGCAUUAAUAAGAAAGUAGGAUUUGUUUAUCUGUGUGCACAUGCAGGUUCCAGGAAUUUGAUGGGAAAUCCUUACUCUUUCCAGGAUAGAAAUUAUUUAGUGAUGUAUCUGGAAUGAAAGAACACAUGAAAUGCUCUGGUAAUCAUUACUCAGCUAUGGCUAAUAAUCAGAAAAACACAGGACAUUAUUUACAGAAAGAAGUUAGGCUUAUUUAAAAAAAAAAAUCACAGAGAAAUAGUUAAUUUACUUAAAAUGCUCAAAAGAUCUGAAAACUUUUACAGUAUGAUGAAAAUAAAGUCUCUGGGCCAGAAUCUAGUUCUUUAUGUGCCUUCAAAAUAUCCAAUCUAUUUAAGUUUUUUUCUUCUGGGUUGAAAUCUGUGCGUAAGAAAGCAACUGUAGUCACUCUUCAAAUAAUAGAGAGGUAGAUGUAUAAGUACAGUAAGUACAAUACAUUUCAAAGUCUAGAGAUGUCAAAGGGAUGAGGAAUGGCCCUCAUUAAUUUCUGCUUAUUGAUUGCACCUUAAGAAUUAUUAUUGUGGCACAGACCAGUUAAAACCAGGAGGGUAAAAGGUAUAACCCAAUUUACUUUGAAGUCUGUGCGGUGCUGCUGUCUGGGUUGUGUGGAUAUAUCAAAAGAAAGAGACCUAUGCUCUAUUUUCUGAUGCUCAGUACUUUUCUCCAUUCAGUACUUUUAUUGUUCAUAUGGAUUGAGUCCCCUCCUAUUGAAUAUACUUA